AUGAAAAAGAUGAAAGUGAUGAAAGUGAUCAGCUUUUUAUUCCAAUUGAGCAUCCCGAAUCUACUUCUAUCAAGUUUUUCAAAAGCAGAAGAAGUUCAAGAAUCAACAAAUAUAGCAAACAAUGAAAUCUUAAGAAUUGAAAACCCAACAAAUCUAGCAAACAAUGAAAACUUUCGAUUUGAAAGUACAACCAUAGUAACAACUGAGGUUGAGAUCACAUAUACUUCGGAUUCAUCGGGUUUCAAUCCAGAUGAACCGUGUGAUUGUGAUUCGACUACUCAAACUUCUGUUUACGCAAGUGAAUUCGAAAAGAAGUGUCCAGGGUCAAAACUUGGAACUAGGGUAGUUGGUUAUUAUGCUGCUUACAAUGAUGAACUACAAUCAAUUGCAUCGAUCCCAUUUAAAAAUUAUACCGAUCUCCUUUUCUUUACCGUUUCACCUUUGCAAAAUGGUACUUUUGACUUUGAUGGACCUAAAUCAGUUUGGGCAAAGAAAGCAAAAGAAUUUGUUAAAAGAUCAAAAGAAAAUUGCGUUAGACCUAUUUUGGGUACUGGUGGAUGGAAUGGUUCUAGAUUCUUUUCAAAAUUAUUAUCUACUCCUGAGAAAAGAAAGGUUUAUGCGGAAAACUUGAUGAAGUUAAUCGAUGAAUUCGGAUUUGAAGGCUUUGAUUUUUCUUGGAUUUAUCCUGGGAAACAAGGGGUAGGGUGUAAUUCAAUCUCACCCAAUGAUUUAACCAACUUUUCAGAAUUUCUUGCUCUAAUAAAGACUGGAGGAAAACAACCUUGGAUAUCUAUCUCAGGUUACAUUGGUGGGAUUGCUGGUCCGCCAGGAAAAGAUGAAAAGACUAUCAUAGCGUACAAAAAAAUCGUCGCUUCAGUGGAUUAUGUAAUCCUUAUGACAUAUGAUGUGUAUGGAUCUUGGUCAGACACAACUGGCCCUUCUGCACCAUUAUAUGAUGAAUGCAAUGACGCGGAUAAUAAGUUUUCAGUGCAAUCAGCUGUAAAGCUCUACCUUUCAUUAUCUUUCCAGCCUAAGCAGUUAAUCAUCAGUAUUGCCAACUUUGGACACGGUUGGAAAUUGAAAAGCAAUGUAAUUAAAGGUACCAAGUUUCCUAAUGGGGCGACUUCAUAUAUUUAUCAAAAACAUACUAAAGCUAUAAUUCCUGGUGGACCAUCUGAUAGUAAACCAGGUGGCUUAGAUAUUUGUGGUAAACCAACAAAUCAUACUGGCACCUUUCAGAUAAAAGAAUUGUUAAAACUUGGGAUGCUUUCUCGAGACUUGAGCCACGGUACCGGUGGAUUUGAUAGAGGGUUUGAUCAAUGCAGUGGAGUGCCUUAUAUUAUCAGUAGAGCCAAGAAGAUUUUGAUUACUUAUGAUGAUGUUGAUAGUGUGAAAUUGAAGAUGAAAUUUAUCUUAUCCUCAAAGCUUGGUGGUAUUGCAUUUUUUGACACCAACGGGGCAAUUCCUGAGAUGAUAAUUGCAGCAAAGGUGUUGGUGGAGAAUUCCAAUAAUCCAAUUGGAGUAGAAAAUAAAACUUCCAAUCCUUCUGUGAAGCAUCUAAAUACAUGA